AUGAAAGACUAUCAGAAGAAAUUACCAGAAGAUGCACAAAGCUUUGCCAAAGCAAAGCAAGGUGAGAUUGAUAAGAGAAUCAAAGAAGCACCAAGGAAAGUGAAGAAAUUAAGUCGGAAGUUCUACAAAAAGUUUGUCGCCAUCAGAAGUGAUCAUAACAAUACGUAUAAUGAACAUGUCAUGAAGUUGAAUCGAGUUUUGAACGAACCUGAUAGACAGGUGUUUGAUAAACUUGUCCAAGCUGAGGCUCUUGAUCUUUAUGAGGCUGUUAUUUGA